AUGGCUGAAAAUCAGCAGAUUAGGAAGCUAACAGAGUAUGUUGAUGAGGAGAUUCAGAGGAGGGAUGCCGCUCAAAGUGGAAUGGGACAGGAGUAUGUAUAUCUGAGUACAGAUUACAUAUCACUUGCUUCUGAAAAUUAUAAUGCCAGUACGGAGUUGUAUCCUCAGGGAUUUUUGAAUAGUCUGGAGUAUACACAUAUGCUAAGUUAUAGGCUACGAUUAAAGGUUGGAAUACCAAUUAUUCUUCUCAAAGAGAUCAACAGAAGAGAGGGCGUCGUUGAAGGCACACGGUUGGUUAUAACACAGUUAGGGGCUGAGGAAAUUGUUGCAGAGGUAUCAAUUUCCCGUGAAGUAUGUUUGGCAAUGACAUUUGACGGUGGCAGGGAUCAAAGCCUGCGCAACGCUGGGUUCUACUUAAGUUCUGGAGCUUACAGUAAACAUCCGAAAUACAUUGGCGUUUCGACGAAGGAGGCAAUGUAUGGGAGUUCAAAGUUGGAGAUUACAAUUAUAGAAAAGGAGCAUCUGGAAAAUCACUAUAAAAAAUCCACGGACUACAAGCAAAACUUCGAGAAUUCACAGUUCAUAGAUGAUACUAUCAACCAGACUAUGUCUAAUGCAAAUGCAGUGCAUGGUUUGGGUACUUGA